AUGGCACGGAGUAUGUUGAAGAGCAAAAAUAUGCUAAAGGAGUUUCGAGCUGAAGUAGUUGCUUGUACAGUGUAUUUGUCAAAUUGGUAUCACACCAAGAGUAUUCGUGACAAAACACCUCAAGAGGCUCGGACUGGUUUCAACCCAAAGAAUGGCAAGGUCACCUUAAGUAGAGAUGUUGAGUUUGAUGAAGAUAAUACUUGGGAAUGGAAAACUAAAGAGCAAGAUUACUCUUUUAGUCCUUUAUUUGAUGAAGAAGAUGAUGAAAAAGUUGCGGAGCAGCCUAUCACACCACCUUCAACACCUCCAGCACAAGUUCAAGAAGAAGAUGUAUCAAAUUCAAAUGCUGCCCACAAUACCAAAUGGAGAGAUUUCAUGGAUGAAGAAAUCAAGGCAAUCAAGAAAAAUGAUACUUGCGAAUUAGCCAUACUUCCAAAAGGCAAAAGCACUAUUGGUGUAAAAUGGGUGUACAAGUUGAAGAAAAAUUUCAAGGGUAAGGUAGAAAGGUACAAAGCAAGAUUGGUUGCCAAGGGAUACAAGAAAAAGGCCCGUAUUGACUAUGAUGAGGUAUUUGCACUGAUCGCUCGUUUGGAAACAAUUCGUUUUACUAUUUCUUUGGCAGCUCAAAAUCAAUGA